AUGGCAACUCUAACUUUCCAAAUAGACCAACCAACAGUCCAGGCUGGCGGUGUCCUAUCCGGAAGCUUCGUCCUCAGAACGACCCAACAAAUCGCGGCAAGCAGUGUAGAAAUCUACUUUCGUGGCAAGGAAUACACAUAUAUCGAAAAAGGAAGUGGCAAAAACAAAAAGGAGCUUCGAAACAAGAUCGAAGUCACCUAUCAUGAUCUCGGAAGCCAUCUUGCCACGCAAAGAAUCGUCGGCGGUGGCUACAUCAAUCCAGGAGCAUACGAAUUCCCGUUCGAGAUCAUUCUUCAGGACAGUCUACCGCCCAGCAUGUGGGUCUACUCAGACGACGAUUACGCCAAGGUUGAGUAUUGCCUCCGUGCCAAGUUCAAAGGCUCUGGAGUCUUUGCCGACUAUGAAGCUCGUAGGGUCAUUAACAUGCUAGCAAAGCCGUCCCUUGAGCGGGCUGUUCCCCGCCUCGUGGACCCGUUUGUGCGCCGCGUCAACUACCUCGCGGCAUGGGAAAUGGGUGAGUUAUGCAUUGGUGCCCGGGUGCUGGAUACAGAGCUUAUGCCUGGUCAACCAGCAGAGGUGAUUCUUGGCCUCCGAAAUGACAGCGAAGCAAGCCCCCAGAAGGUCAAAUUGAAACUGCAGGAAAUUGUGAACUGGACGGUCGGCAGCGAGAAAUCAUCCAAAACCAGGACUCUUGCCAAAACAGAACUCGUACUCAAGAAUCAGCAGAAGCCAUUGGAUAAGCAAACACGCCUUGAACUGAAGGCGAACAAGCACGAGCGACGGGAGCAAAACCAACGCGAUAUAAUGAACGAAUUGCAGGAGGCCAAGCCCACCGAGGCGUUGCGCCUCCCAAUUCCACAGCUCACAACAUCUGGGUUCAAAAGUGCGAAUAUUGAAGUAUCCCAUCAGCUUGUUGUCAAGGUAAUGACAGAAAGCAUGAUCACAAACCCCGAAUUUUAUGUUCCGAUCAGGAUAUUGGCUGGUGGCGCAACGCCAACAAGAUCAGCCUCUCCCCCUGUGGCACAGGCAACAGCAGUGGUAGAAGAGAGCCUGCCUCUGGCGGAUGCAGUGCCAAUCCGUGAUGAGUCGGUCAGGCAGUACCCCGACUUCGGUGUAGCUGCUGUCCCGAUCCCCUCGAAGAAGGACUGAUUGAAUUGAAUCGUCCAGCUUUUUAUCAUACGCAUCUAUUGUAAACUAGCAAGUCCAUAUUUCCAGAUUUAAACUUCAGUUGGUGCCGAAUGUUGUUGUAUUGUCUACCACCACAGCCUCUGCUCUGCCUAGCUUAGCCCCCCUCGCUCCUUAAUAACGUAUCUAUUUAGUAUUUGCUUUUCACCA